GUCGCUCUCUCUCUCUCUCUCUCUCAAUCUCCUCAGCCUUUUUUUUAAUUUAUUUCUUUUUAUUUCUCAUAUAUCUAUCAAAUCACAGAACCUGCGAUUAAGAGAGUUGGAGAGAAACAGGAAGAGAGAGGUAGAGCCAUGGCAGGCAUUGCUACCGCUGCUUGUUCUUCAGGGUUGCUGUUUAGAAAUAGAGAUGCGGGAGGCAAUGGGCCUUUUCUGGCUCAGUACAAUGGGCUUAGAGCUGUGGAGAGCGUGCAGUUAGCUUCAGCUGGGACUAAACCAAACCAGUUCAUUUCUAGUUCAGCUCCGAGACGCAGAACAAUCAGGGCUAUGGCAUCGCCAACUAUCUCAGCUCCCAAAAGAGAAAAAGAUCCGAAAAAACGAAUAGUUAUAACAGGAAUGGGCCUUGUGUCAGUUUUUGGAAGUGAUAUUGAUAACUUCUAUAACAAACUUCUUGAGGGGAUGAGUGGUAUCACAGAAAUAGAUAGGUUUGAUGCUUCAAAUUAUUCUGUCCGGUUUGCGGGUCAAAUUCGUGAGCUUUCGUCUAAAGGAUACAUUGAUGGGAAGAAUGACCGCCGUCUUGAUGAUUGCUGGAGGUACUGCUUAGUUGCUGGAAGAAGGGCCCUCGAGGAUGCCAACCUUGGUUCUGAGGUCCUUGACAGAAUGGACAAAACUAGAAUUGGGGUGCUGGUGGGUACUGGCAUGGGAGGCCUAACAGCUUUCACCAAUGGAGUGGAAUCUCUUAUUCAAAAGGGAUACAAGAAGGUCACUCCAUUUUUUAUCCCUUACUCUAUCACCAACAUGGGAUCAGCAUUAUUAGCUAUAGAUACUGGCUUAAUGGGACCUAAUUAUUCCAUUUCAACUGCUUGUGCAACUGCAAAUUACUGCUUUUAUUCUGCUGCAAAUCACAUCAGAAGAGGUGAAGCCGACAUCAUGGUAGCUGGUGGUACUGAGGCUGCUAUCAUGCCAACUGGGGUUAGUGGGUUUAUAGCUUGUCGGGCAUUGUCUCAAAGAAAUGACGAGCCCAAGAGGGCUUCAAGACCCUGGGACAAAGAUCGUGAUGGUUUCGUUAUGGGAGAAGGCUCUGGUGUACUGAUUAUGGAGAGCUUGGAGCAUGCCAUGAAAAGAGGAGCAAACAUAAUUGCAGAAUACUUGGGAGGUGGUGUAACUUGCGAUGCUUAUCAUAUGACUAACCCGCGGUCUGAUGGUCUUGGAGUUUCAUCUUGCAUAACCAAAAGUUUAGAAGAUGCUGGAGUUUCCCCUGAAGAGGUGAACUAUGUAAAUGCUCAUGCAACAUCAACACUGGCAGGAGAUUUGGCUGAGGUUAACGCAAUUAAAAAGGUCUUUAAGGACACUUCUGAGUUAAAGAUGAAUGGGACAAAGUCAAUGAUUGGACAUGGCCUUGGAGCUGCUGGUGGAUUGGAAGCCAUAGCAACCAUAAAAGCAAUCACAACUGGCUGGCUGCAUCCUACGAUUAACCAAGAUAACUUGGAGCCUGAUGUAACAAUUGAUACUGUUCCCAACGUGAAGAAACAGCAUGAAGUCAAUGUUGCUAUCUCUAAUUCAUUUGGCUUUGGUGGACACAAUUCAGUGGUGGUUUUUGCUCCCUUCAAACCAUAAAAGAAACUUUUUUUUUUCUGUUUCAACUUUUGCUUCCCUCAAAUACAUCUUUGAUUUUUGGAUCUUGGAACUUCCAGAAACUUGAUAAAAUAUCAGGCGAGUGUGUCAGAAGCAUUUUCUUCGAGCAACUUGAAGAUAUUGCAGGCCCUUUUCAUGUUAUUGUAACUGCAAUCCAUGAGAAUGGAUUUGGUACUUUUUUUUGUUCAAUAAAAUAACAUGUCAUUCCUUUAUAUUUUCGUCCUUUAUUGAUGGACUCAUUCCUCCGCUGCUAACAAUAAUACUUGAUUGUUUUUGUGUUUUGAGUUGAAGCAAUAACGAAGGAAUUUAAUCACUGUCAACCAUCCCCAGAGCCAGUUAACCAAAAUCUCUUGUAUU